CUGAUUAAUUUUAUUUUUGCUUCUUUUUGCAGCAACAAGAUUAAGAAAAUUGUUCAUUCAAUUGUAUCAUCCUUUGCAAUUGGAAUAUUUGGAGUUUUCCUGAUCUUAUUGGAUGUGGCUCUGAUCUUUGCUGACCUAAUUUUCACUGAUAGCAACGUUUAUAUUCCUUUGGAGUAUCGUUCUAUUUCUCUAGCUAUUGCCUUAUUUUUUCUCAUGGAUGUUCUUCUUCGAGUAUUUGUAGAAGGGAGACAGCAUUAUUUUUCUGAUUUACUGAACAUUUUAGAUACUGCCAUUACUGUGAUUAUCCUGCUGGUUGAUGUCAUUUACAUUUUUUUUGACGUUAAGUUUCUUAAGGAUGUUCCCAGAUGGACACGUUUAUUUCGACUUCUACGACUUAUCAUUCUGAUAAGAGUUUUUCAUCUGGCUCAUCUAAAAAGACAACUUGGAAAGCUGAUAAGAAGGCUGGUUUCAGGAAACAAAAGGCGAUACAAAAGGGAUGGAUUUGACCUAGACCUCACUUACAUUACUGAACGUAUUAUCGCUAUGUCGUUUCCAUCUUCUGGAGGCCAGUCCUUCUAUCGGAAUCCAAUUAAGGAAGUUGUACAGUUUCUAGACAAGAAACAUCCAAACCACUAUCGAGUCUACAAUCUAUGCAGUGAAAGAGCUUAUGAUCCUAAGCACUUCCAUAAUAGGGUCAGUAGAAUCAUGAUUGAUGAUCAUAAUGUCCCCACUCUAUGGGAGAUGGUAGCAUUCUCCAAGGAAGUAGAGGAGUGGCUGGCUCAAGAUCCUGAAAACAUCAUAGUGAUUCACUGUAAAGGAGGCAAAGGAAGAACUGGAACUAUGGUUUGUGCCUGCCUGAUUGCCACUGAAAUAUUUUUAACUGCAGAGGAAAGCUUGUACUAUUUUGGAGAACGGCGAACAGAUAAAACCAAUGGCACUAAAUAUCAGGGAGUAGAGACUCCUUCUCAGAAUAGAUACGUUAGAUAUUUUGCACAAGUGAAACAUAGCUACAACUGGAAUCUCCCUCCAAGGAAGACACUGUUUAUAAAAAGAUUCGUUAUUUAUUCGAUUCGUGGUGUUGGAACAGGCGAUGGAUAUGAUCUAAAAGUCCAAAUAGUAAUGAAGAAAAAGAUUGUCUUUUCCUGUACUUCCUUAAACAAUUGUCAGGUAUUUCAUGACAUUGAAACAGACAGGGUAAUAAUUGAUGUGUUCAACUGUCCACCUCUGUAUGAUGAUGUGAAAGUGCAAGUUUCCUCUUCGGAUUUUCCUAGAUACUAUCACAACUACCCUUUUUUCUUCUGGUUUAACACAUCUUUAAUACAAAAUAACAGGCUUUAUCUACAAAGAAAUGAAUUGGAUAAUCUUCAUAAACAAAAAACAUGGAAAAUGUAUCAACCACAAUAUGCAGUAGAGACGUAUUUUGAUGAGAAAUGACUUAGUUAUUUUGUAACUGGUAGCUGAUUAAGUAUAGUUCCCCACACCCCUUCUGGGAAAGAAUUAUGUUCUUUCCAACCCUGCCACAUAGUUAUGUGUUCUAAAUCUUCCUUGCUGGUACAUCUAUAUUGAUAUUUGUGUACGCAUGUUCUUUAUAAAUCUAUUAAAUAUAUACAGAUAAAAUGUCAGGGUUUUUUUUCUUUUUGGAAGGCAUAUAUUUCACAGUUUCCAUCUUGUAUUUACAUAUAUUUGGAACACAGUACUUAGGAACAUUAGGCAUUAUUUUGAAGAACUUUGAAAUAGAACUUUCAUACCAAAAUAAUCAAGAGAUAUUUAAAAAUUAUGAUCGCCCAACACUCACUUACUUAUACAUUUUUGGUCAAGUAUUUAUUCCCUGCUUUGUUUCACAUUUGUAAUUUCAGAUUUAUUAGAAAGCUAAUUUAUAUUUUUUCUUCUACUUGAUUUACAAACUAUCUGUUAACAGAUUGGCAGCAAAGACUAAGUUUUAAACCCAGAAGAGAGAAAUAUUUCACACAAGCAGUCCCCCAACUCCCAACACACACUAUUCUCUUGUUCCAAGCACUA